AUGGACUUCCUCCUGUCAAUAUUUGCACGAGAAGGCUACCCCGACGAACUGGUCUCGGAUCAUGGACCACAAUUUACAUCCCGAGAAUUCGAGUCCUUUCUUCAAGACAGGGGCAUCAAGCACAGCUUCUCGGCUGUGUAUCACCCACAGGCAAAUGGACAGGUGGAAAGGUUCAACCGUGUGCUCAAAUCUUAUAUUCAGUUGGCCUUGCUAGAGCAGCGACCAGUGAAGAACACCGUUACAGAGUACUUGGGGAUCUUCAGAGUUACUCCUCACAGUACCACUGGCUUUUCUCCUGCAGUGUUUCUGCAUGGCCGGCACAUCAGGACAUCCUUGGACAUCAUCGAACAUCCCACCUCUACCUUCUUCACGGACCCCGCUCUGGAGAUGUCCUCACUUCGGAAGAGGGUGAAAGAGCACCAGCGCAAAAACAAAGUGUACGCUGACCGACGAAGAGCAGCCCGAGUACCGCAGUUCCAAGUUGGGAAGUAUGUGCGCAUUAAGAAACCAACUCCUGGUCCGAAAGGUACUCCCAGCUUUGGACCUCCAAUGAAGAUCCUUAAGCGCAUCGGGCGUUGGUCCUUCUGCCUGGAAGACGGGCGAACUUGGAAUGCUUCACAGCUGACUGCAGUCCCAACGGGAGCAUCGCCACAACGUGCGGUACGAUGGGAUGACGACUACCAAACUGCGCCGCUACAUGGAGCACAAGCCUCUUCGCUGCCAAGUCCACGGACACCUGCCAGAACCUCUGGGCAGUUGGAGCUAUCCCCGUCGAUAUCUUCAGAUCCAUCACAGCCACAGGGUCCAGUACGUGCAAGCCUUGCUUCAGAAGAUGGUGACAGUGCUUCCGUUGUCAUCGAAACUGCUGGCGAGCCGCCAGCGUUUCGUCGGUCCACAAGAGACAGAAGACCACCGGCAAGGUUGCAGGACUAUGUGGUUGGAUAUAAACAUUGA